AUGUCAUCGUACUACACCGAAAAGCACCACCACUCAAGGAGACGUGAACUUCCCGUCGCGGGGACAGUGCUGCGCCGAGUUGAAGUGAGGAGGCCAUCACUGGAGAAGUCUCCACCACCGGCUCCUGCGCCUCCCUCAGUCAAGGAACCCACCAAGGAACCUCCCAAGGAGCCAAAGAAAGAGGAGCCCAAGGAGGAAUCCAAGGAACCCUCCAAAGAGAAAGAAGCGGCAUCGCCGCCAGCUCCGGAGUGGUCCAAGUGGGAACCGAUCGAGGGGGCAGGAUGGGACGGCCACUGGAGGGCAAAGGCCACUGAGGAUGGUGGAUGGGUCUAUCAGUUCACAAAGGAAUUCAAAACAAUCUGGGAGCAAAAGCCCGUUGAGGCCGCUCCUUCAGCCAAGUCGUCGCCGGCGUCGGCGUCGGCGUCGGCAGCCGCCUCGGCACCCCCAGCUGGUGAGCCAGUGCGAUUUGAAGAGACCGCUGCUCCUGCUACUGCUGCUACUACUGCGAUUCAACCCCUCGAGCAGCCGCCACCGUCUGCCAACUAUGAAACGGCUGGUAGCGGUUGCGCCUGCGCGUUAUGUUACUACGAUGCUGCUGCUGCUGCUGCUGCUGCUGCUUCUGCUGCUGCUUUGAGUUCGCUGCAAGGUGACGUUGCCGCCCUAACACUCAGUGGGAAUAGAGACGCCAGCCACCUCCACCAGUACGAAUACACACAAGCAACAACAGCAACAGAAAUCCCUCCCAGCGCCGCCGAGCAAGGCCUCGUCGCCGCCGGCCAAGCAAGCUACCCAACCGCCGCCGUCAACCCAUCACAAGAAGUCUCCCACCGUCACAGUCCAGGCGCUGCCUCCGCCGCCCGCUCCAGAGGAAGCAAAAAAAGUAGUCGCCACUACUCUCACUCUACCCACAAAUCCGCCCAUCACCGUGCCCAUGGUCCCGACAAGGCCGCUCAUAAUCCGAAGGAAAUUGGCGAUGUCGUAAGCGCCGAGAAGGAGAAGAAGUACGACCCGAAGAGAAUCGUGGACAACUGGGUUUGGGAUCCCGGCCAUAGCUGGGGCGGGAAUUGGAUCAAGCUGGGCUUCCUCAAGAACAAGAUUCGAAUCUUCUCCAGUGGUAUUCGCUCUGGGUACCUCGCCCCCCUCGAGCGACGCGGGAUCCAGGGAGACCAGGCCGACAGAGAAAAAGAACCAGCCCAGCAGCGAUCCAAUGAAGCUACGGGCGGAACAGGUAACACCACUGAGGAGCGGAAGCACUCAACAGAGAGCCCUGCGACCCUGCCAUUACAAGGUGUCGCCCUACCAAGGACCCUCCGGUCGGAGCCCAUCAUUGUCGACACGAUAUCGCCCAUGAACCUCAUCCUGCCGCACCUGAGCCGCUGGACCUCGGAGAAGGCUGACAUCCCCUCGCCACCCGGCCACCCCGCCGUCGACAUCCCGCCGCACCUGCGCCACCACCCUCUCCUCACCAGCACACAUUUUGACCACGACGACGAGGAUGACGAGGACGUCCGCCACCCGGGUGGCGACGUAUCCCCCUGCUCCUCUCCCUCUCCCUCCCCCUCCCCCUCGCCCAGGCCUCCUGGGCUCCCGGCCCCGGCCCCGGCCGAGAACACGGACUUCAGCGGCUUCCUCUUCUUCGACAGCCCGUCCUCGCGGUCGAGCACAAGGCGGCCCUCGACGCGCGACAGCUCGGCGCCCCGCACGGCCCUGAGCAUGCCGCCGCCCCACCGGCCGCCGCCGCGCCGCCGGCACACGAGGGCCGGCGGGCAGGGUCGUAUUGGUGGUGAUGAUGGUGCUGCGAGGUCGAAUAGGGUCUCGGGGUCCUCUCUGUCUGGUGGUGGUUUUGAUGAUGGCGGCGGUGGUGGUGGUGAGGCGAACUCUGCGAGGCCGCCAUCGCCGCCUCCACCGCUGCCUGUGAGGGACGCCGCGAGGAGUAAGAGCUUGCAUAAUUCUGAGCGCCCGGCGGUUUGGAUCUGA